AUGGAGGAUCUGGAACAGAAAGCCAACAAGGCGGUCAGGAAGAACGCUUCCAAUGCAUGCAAGGGCUGCCGAGAAAGCAAAAUCAAGCAGCCCUGCAGUGGUUGUGUGAAAAAGGAGAGAGUAGUUCAGCUUCGCACUGCUGUCCAUAUCCUUGUCCGGCGGGUACAGCAGCUCGACAAGAUUAUGGUCGAAGCAGGUAUAGAAGUUCCUCCUUUGAACAUCGAAGACGACGAAUUCCUGGAACGUGUACUUGGUACUCUUGGUCUCUCCAAUGCUCCACCUUACGAGUCUUCGGCCGCCAAGAACAUUACAGUGCCUACCCGCCUUUCUUCCGAGCAACAGAUAUCUACACCUGAAGCUCAAAAGUCGUCAUCAGCAAGCUCUCCAGACCCAACUAAGGGUAAUGUCGCACUGCAGAAGGUUGCGUCGGAAAAUUCCUCUAGACAUGGUCAAUAUCAGCAGUCGGACUUAAACGAAGUUGCCGGGAUCAUGGCUGGUAUGCAUACUCAACCAACAACACAAUCGUUGGAUACCAACAUGGUUUCGGGUGCAAACCACAUAUCGCCAGACUGGCCAUUUCCGACCUUGGAUAAUAUGCUCAACUUUGAUCUNUUUGACCCUAGCGAUCUUUCCUUGCACUUCUUGACCGAACCGUCAGUGGAAAUACCGCAACAAUCCACUUCCCAGUAUGAGGCCAUGUCGUUUCGCCAAAUCGAGCAAAUACCACGUCAACAGGAUGAUAAUAUCAGUUCCGGCGACGAAGAGAACACCGAACUAGUUAAUCAACUCUCUGCCCGUCUUGGCUCUCUCCGCUUGGCUCCAGAUGGAAAGCUAAGAUAUUUUGGCACUGCAUCAAACUUACAUCUGAUAGAGAACCAGAGCAAAUCGGGCGAAAAUUUUAUGCUCCAUACACCAUCCAGGGUCAAUGUCCAGCGUCUACUCGAAGUCGCUGAUCUGAGCCAAGUGGUAGAUAUACAGCUCGAGGACCACCUUCUCCGGUUGUUUUUCACAUGGCACAACCCUAGCAGUUACAUUGUGGACGAAGAAGUCUUUUACAUGGCUAAACAGAGCUGUUUCAAUACUGGAGUUCAUAACAGCUACUAUAAUGAUGUGCUGAAGGACGCAAUCCCUUGCGUGGCCACUGUACAGGCGCUUGUAAUACUUGCGAGCUACGAGGAAUCGUGCCAAAACAUCGCGAGAGGCUGGUUGUUUGGCGGUAUGGCAAUGAGGAUAGCAUUUGAUCUUGGCCUUCACGUCGACAGCAGAGGAUAUGUGGCUCAAGGAAUCUUGACAGUGGCCGAAGCUCGUGCGCGUCAAGUAGCUUUCUGGGGCUGCUAUCUUUCGAAUCUUCUUUGGAGCUUCCAUCUCGGUCGCCCCUUCUCGAUGGAUGACAGCGAGGUGACGGUUCCUAAGCCUGACCCAAAGACUUUACCGACAAAUUCUACUUGGCAACCCUACUCCGUCCCUUCGCUGCAGUUUGUACCGAACAACAUGCAGCAAAAUCCGUCAGAGCUACCAGACAUUACACCGCAGAUUUUCCACCACUGGCUGUUCCUCUGUCAAAACAUUGCCGUCGUGGGCCAUGCCCUCUACUCCUACACAUCAAUCUCCAAACCAGCACUCCAAGAACUGUGCGAAGAAACAACGACCGAGCUGUUCCAGUGGAAAGAUUCUCUACCUUUACACCUUCAAAUCAACACUUCAGAUACCGAAACCGUCAAACUGCCCCAGCUGCUUAUGCUGCACAUGGAGUACUAUCACCUUCAAAUCUUCUUACACAGACCAUGGACAAGCUCGCAACUGCAACCGCAACCNCCUCAAGGACGAGGCGUACAUCAUGCUCGCCACAUUUGUGCAACCUCUGCAACAGAAAUUGCCCGUCUCCUCCGCAUCUACGAGAUCCAAUAUUCAUUCCGCUUCAUCAAUGUCGAGAUUAUACGUAUACUCUCUUCUGCAGCAUUGAUAUUGAUCUUUGCUACUGUGCCGUUGCCGCAUAGAGAGAUUGAUGUCGGAAUGACUGGGUACCUCAAUACUUGCUUCAGAGCUCUGGAGGAUCUCGGUGGGAGAUAUGAUUCGGCCAAGGAGACGAGGUUUACAUUGCUGGCUAUCCAGAGGAGAUGGAAUGAUCUUUAUGGUAAGAAUACGGGGCAGAAGAGGGGGCCUAGCACGAGAGACCAAACAUCUCAAGGCAAGAGGGCCAGAGCUACUUCAUCGUAG